AUGUCUACCGAACGCGAGCUUCAAGUUGCGCCCAUUGUGCCGGAGUCGGUGAUGCACAACAGCAGGGCCCUAUCAAAUGUUCAAAGCUUGACAGCAUCGAUAUUCGGCGUGGCCGCUGGCAUCCUGGGCCUGGAAUCGUACAAUGGCUUUUUAUUUUACCUGAUCUUCUCCAUCCUCACCACCGUCUUGUUCUACACCGUCCGCGUGGCCCCUACGUCGCUGAAAGCUGGAGCGAGUCCUUUCGAUACGAGCAGGUAUUUCCGAACACAGUACGAGUUCUGGACCGGAGGCGUAUCUGGUGGGCUGGCUGGCUACAUCUUGACAUGGACCUUAUUCUACGGGCUGGUAAGAGCUUAA